GAUUAACAGGCUUCCGUCGCUAUGUGGAUAUCAGCUCAGCUGACUUACCUUGGAAUUCGAGGGUACCGCUAGAAAGAAUUCUUCAGUCGGCCUACACCUGCCCAAGCAGUCAGACGUGUACUGUCUUCAGACCAGGACAGUUUAUCUUGUUAGCUUUUAUACGUAUUCUUAUUAACAUCAAGAGAGAAAAGUGAAAACCCCUUCGCACAAAGUUAUACGUAAGUUAGUGAGAUCUUGUUACAAGAAGAAAAAAGUGAAUUAAUCGAUAUUUGUGUCAGUGAAAACUUUAAAGAAUCUUCAUUGUUGGAACGUCACACUCACUGUAAAGAGACAAAUAUAAUUUACGUAUUCUAAGAAUCUAGAAGAAUGUUGUUCGUAUGACAAAGAAGUCACAGCUCAGACGUUUAUUUCAAACUGAUAAAACUAUAAUUAACAUAAAAGUUCAACAAUGGCGACGUUCAUGAAGACAUAUUUACCUCUGUUUCGUAUAGUCAUUUUAGUAACAAUAAUGACUUUAACAAACGCGCAAAGAACCGAUAAUGAACACAAGGACGAAGAACCAAAUCCUUUAAUCGAAGCAGCGAAGGCAUUGUUACAGGACCAGCUGCAAAAUCAAGGGGCCGCUCAGGCUGUGACCGGUCUCUUGCAGAAUUUCAUGCAAACCGAUGGCGGGCGGAAUAUAGGAGACAUGUUACUGGGAGCUGCAAAAUCCAACAACGGUGCAAACGCUGUGGAUAUAUUGUCAGGCCUGGGUUCCAUCUUGUCGUCAGCCACGGCAGAGCAAGGCAAGGGUAACGAAGGGGGUAUUGACCCUCAAUUAAUCGGUCAGAUGGUAAGCAUGUUCGCUAGUCAAGCCAUGAGUGGUCAUAAUGGUGAUUCUGAUAGUAACGUGGACAUCAAUAAUAACGAGAUAAAGUCGGGGAAGGGUAGAAAGAAAGUUGGUACUAAUGAUGCUGGAAUUGACUGGGAAUCUAUGAUAGGUUUGGCGUCUAAUUUCAUGGCUUCUCAAGGGGGUGCUGGCGGCGGGUGGGAGGGGUUAUUGAAUAUGCUCCCAGCGCUAAUUGGCGGGGGUGACGGUAGCAAUGAGGUUAAAAGGUUCCAUAACAAACAUCAGCAACACAAAUCGACGUCUUAUCUACACCCAUUCAUGGAGACGCUGUAUGAUUACUGGGAACACUUCAAAAGCUCGGAGUUGGGGCAGACGGUGUGGCGGAACAGUGGACUGGAAGCAACCGCCCAGAUCUUCACAGAUGAGGAUGGUCACUUCGAAAUGGAGAGAAUUUUUGGAUCUCUAGAAAAUGGGACCUUCCGGAGGCGUUGGAUCAAGAAUCUAAGCAGCUUCGUCGCGGAGUGGAUAUCGCAUAUUUCAGACCCCGCUACUCAAACAAGGUACCUGACAACAUUGCAAUUUGUCGGUAAUGGAUUCCUCAAAGCCCAGGGGUACCACAAGGGGCAACUGUUUGAUCCAGCUCGUCCUGCCGAGUCUCUGAGUCACCUGGUGAAUGCGGUCUUCAAGCGCCAAUUUGGCCUCAAAGUGAAUUCUGCCACCUACAUCAGGCCUGCAAUCGCGUACAUUCAGGAGGUGUUGAAGAUAGGACAAAGAAAAGGUAUAAGCCUGUCACACCUCAGUUCACACGACAUCGAGAACAAGCUUGCCGAGACACUGAACGGAGAGGUAAUCGAACCCAUGCUUCGAGUGUGGAGAGCUUACCGGUACGGUACCAGACACCCUCAGUGCGACCGCUAUGUCAUCUGUGCCGUGAACCAACUAGACCCGUCAGCGGAUAAAGGUGCUGGCCUUAGACCAGGCAUCACGAAACUUGCAAGCAUAACAGCUUCAUGGUUUCUGUCAAGCAAUACGUCAACACCAUUCUGGAAGCUGUACAGUGCUGCCACAGACGACCACAACUGUCAGGUGAAGUAUCCAGUGGACUGUAGUGACUACCACACAGAAGACAUAAAAGCAACGACUGAGUACGCCCACAGCGAACUCUGACGAUCUCAACACAUUAGUCUCAAGUCUGCUGUGGAGGCGGUCGCAGAAAGCUCAUUCUACAGAUACCAAUAAAGAAAAAUGCUUCACGAAGCCUGAAAAUUAAACGUCGUAUGCAAUGCUUAGCGUAAUAAAAUGGGCAUUUAGUAGACUGGUACAGCGAAAGGUUAAAAGUAAAGAAAGGACCACCAACACAAACUUAAGUAAACAAAUGGAAAGUGUCAACGGUAGAUCGCAGAGAUGGUGCUAAAACUUCAUCCUCUGAAGACGUAGACGCAAGAAGUGAUUAUGACCAGGAAUAAAGCUGAAGACGCAAAUCAAGUUUAAAAACUCCAAUCUGUUAAAAUACAGAAUUAAAGUUAAAAUAUUAAAAAAAAAGAAUAUUCAUAUCACUUGGGUUCUUUAAAAUGGUGCACGCAAAUGUGCUGCAUCACUUUUUCAACUAUAAUUAAUUCUUAGUUCUUAAAAUGGACAGUUACACCAAAACUGGCAUCACAGCAUUUUGAUGUUUUUCAUUCAACUUCAGAUUUUGGGGGUGAGCUGUGCCGAAUGGUGAAAAUUAUCCAUUGCUUUAAGAAACACUGCAGUCGUCAUCUUAAGGAUGAGUUAGCCAGGCAGUAAGCGAACAGUUGGAUAGUUUUCGACAAUCGACAUGGUUCAUCCCCAAAAGCCAAUGGCGAAUUCUAGCCACGAAAACCUUAGGACGCCAACGUAGAUCCACGGCUGUCAACAGAAACUAACAUUCUCAGACAGCGCUUCCUUAUCCAUUUGCUCCAGAUUUUGUACGUUUCAAUUAUGUAUAACAUUACGAUAUGCCAAAUCUCAGCAAUGAAAUAAAAGCAUCUGUAAAUUAUAA